AUGCUCGCUGGCACGGCGUCUCCUGCCUUUGUUGCGCUGAGACCGUGCUUGUCUUCAGGCACUCGGCAAACUGUUCCAACAUCUGCGGCUUCAAAGGGGAGCCCCCUUGCAUUAGCAGCGCGGGAUGUUGCUGCAGGCACUGGCUUGCUUUUUGCGGCCUCGUUUGCAGCGAGAUAUGGACGACGUGGAGUUGCGAGGCGAGCCGUCGACAUGCCGGUCAAAGAGCCGCCUGUGACCACAACAGUGGCAAUUCCGGGAGCCAAGGUUGAAGAGGACACGAAGCAGAAAAGAGCCGAUGAGUAUCGCCUCGUGUUGUACAACGACCCCCUGAACAAGCGCGAGUUUGUUGCAAGGUGCCUGAUGACCAUCUGCUUGCUUAAAGAAGGAGAUGCCUACCAGGUCAUGAUGAAAGCUCACAGAGAAGGAGUUGCCGUGGUAGGCACCUACUCCUUCGAAACGGCGGAGGCGUACUGCGAUGGGCUGAAGUCUCAAGGCCUUAGUGUUGAUAUUUUCCCUGUAGACAAGGAUGAAUAG